AAAGCAUUCAACGUUCAGAUAAUCCUUCAGCAAAAUAGUUUUUACUUUCUUCAAGAUUCUUCAAGUGAAGGCAAGAUUGCAAUGACGGUGUUUGUCGCGGUGCUGCUCUCUGUUCUCAUGGGGUUUACUGUGUCUGUUUCUGAUCGAUUCAAGCCCGUCGACUGUUCUGACCUAUAUAAAGCAGGAGAAACAGUCAGUGGGAUUUACUCCAUCUAUCCAGCAGGAGACAUUCCUGUCUGGGUUUACUGUCAGAUGAUCUCAGAUGGGAAAGAUGAAGAUAAAGGAGCAUGGACGGUGAUUCAGAGGAGAAUGGACGGCAGUGUGAAUUUCUAUCGGCCGUGGGAUCAGUACAAGAGAGGAUUUGGGAAUGUGGAGGGAGAAUACUGGCUGGGGCUGGAGAACAUGUACCAGCUGACACGUAAGAACAAGUACAUGCUGAGAGUGGAUCUGGAGGACUUCACCGGAAGGAAAGGUUUCGCUCUGUACUCGUCCUUCUCUGUGGGUCCUGAAGCUGACGGCUGUAAACUGCAUGUUUCAGGAUUCACUGAUGGAGGAGCAGGCGACUCGUUGACCUACCAUAAUGGACAGAAGUUCACUACCUUUGACAAGGACCAAGACGCCUAUGGAAAUAACUGUGCCAAACAGUAUCUCGGGGCAUUUUGGUACAAUAGCUGUCACUACGCAAACCCCAACGGUGUGUAUUUAUGGGGAGAAGAUCCCACCAUUUUAGCCAUUGGAAAUGUUUGGUACACAUGGAAGACCAGUUAUGCCGUUAGCAUGAAAUUCAUCAGCAUGAAGAUCAAACCUGUGCCCUAGAAACAUCAGUGUUUUCAGGAGCAAACAUC